AUGUCCAAUCCCUCGCAACUCCUCCUCCUCGCCGACCACAUCAAACUCUCGCUCCUCGAACGCCAGCGCGCCGUUUCAUUAAACCUCGACCCGAACCCGUCGCAAGACUCCAACAUCGCCCGCUCGUUAGAGUCCUUCCGCGAAGGCAUCGAGGCACUCUCAUCCCGCACUCCCGCGGACGAAUCGUUACCCCAACUGCGCUCGCAAUACAAUGACCUCUCCCGGCAGUUCCAGGGCGAGCGCUCCACCACGGCCGACGACACCCUCGCCUCCCCAAACGAUCCGGCUCUGAAAGAAGACUUUGCCCGAGCCAAGACACGAACGUCAAGCGACGCCGCGGCCCGCCAGCAGCAAAAGACUUCCAACCUAAGGAGAACUCAAGACGCCUCUCAAAUUCAGGCCGCCAAAAACGUGCGCUUCCGAGACAAUCCCUCGCAAGAAUCACUUGACGAUGCCGAGGACGAGGCAAACCGCGCGGCGCUCUUUCCCGCGCGAUACACGGACGUCGACGACCAAGAUCACGACGGUCGUGCGCGCACACCGGACCCGACGGGUGAUAUGUCGAACCAGCAAAUCCACGCGUACCACCAGCAGGUCAUUGCCGAGCAGGACGAGCAGCUGGACCGGCUCGGCGAAAGCAUAGGCCGACAAAGGCAACUCGCCAUGCAAGUUGGGGAUGAGCUCGAGGGCCAAAUCGGCCUGCUCGACGAGGUGGACCGCGGCGUGGAUCGGCAUCAGGGCCGUCUGGACGGGGCGAAGCGGCGGUUAAAGGGCGUGAGUCAGCGGGCCAAGGACAAUUGGGGCAUCACCACCAUCAUUGUCCUCAUCGUCAUCUUGGUCCUGUUGAUCAUCUUGUUGAAGUGA